GGGGGCCUCCAGACGGGACAUCAGCACUGAGCACGAUGCAUUUAUUUUUGUUUAUUUUUCAAUCUUCUAACCGCCUUAGUUCUUAAGGCUUGUAAUGAAUCAAAAACUCCGGAGGUGGACAUUAUAAAGACUCAUGUUCUGUUCCAAGUUUGAAACGGACACACAUUUUGCUUAAAUCAAUGCUUUUUGGUGCUACGUGAGCCCUGCAUGAGGCCUUUAUGCCUUAUCUCCUUGAAGCCCUGAUAAUUGUAGAUGCUUAGCAUCACUAACUAGAUCUUUUUCUACAGACUUCCUCUGAUCCAUCCACCUGAACUGGCAUAUGCAUUGUGACAGUAUCUGCAUUUCAAGCACUUAGGGUUCAUGACUUUGUGUUUUCAUUCUUUAAUCACACGUUCCCAUGCAAACAGGACCUGGUUAGCAGCGUUUUAUUGUUGUACCUGUAGACUGUUUGUUGACAGAGAGACAUUUAUGUAUUAAUAUUGUAUAGUAAGCAAUGUUGUAUUUUCAUGUAAAUAAUGUUGUAUUUUAAAUGCAAAACUGUUAAAAGGAGUUUGAUUUAAAGCCUGUGUGAAAUGGUGUGUUACUGGUGAAGAUAAUUGUUGUGUCUUUAUGUAACUGCCUACAAUAAAACAGCUCCUAGGUUUUAGAGGGGGUAGUGGGACACAUGGUCUAGCACCUUUCAGUCUGUGGUAUCUUCAAGCUGGACCCAGGUGCCCUGGUGUUGGCUCUCUGGAUUUAAUUGGUCCCUGGGGACAGCUUCCUGGUGCCUCGGUCCCACCUGUCCUUCCUGCAGCCAAUCAGAUCUUCUCCCACCUGCGUCGCGAAGCACCUGUCGGUUCUGUUUACAAGUGUUCUGGAACAUCACCUGGGACUGAAACGCAGACUGGGGACCAUUUAGGAGGCAAGCUGUUAAACGACGCGUCAGUUGGAACUGCGGAACCGAGGCAGAGCAUGUUGUUAGCAAGAACCCUGGAGAACUUAAACUAGCAAAUGUUUCUUUGAGUUAGAGUGGAGUUUAAUGUGUGUAGAGAGGAGAAUUUGGGGAUUUUAUCUCAGGACUUUGAGUGCCCAGGCGCAGAAGGGAGGCUGCUUCUGAAUGUGAUCCAGUCCGAGGCUUCACAGGAAGCAUUGUGACUUGGUUGUAACUCAUCCUGCAUGGGAUGAUGUCACAAGACGAUGUCACCCUUGAGGGCCUGUUGUAUGGCAGUGUCCAUGGCAACAACUCAGAUGGGGCAGAGACCGAGGCUCAAGUCACUAGCCAUGUGGGAGAAGAAAAUGCUUCAGCCAAUCACAUAAGAUCUCCACCCACAUCUAUUGAUGAGCUAAUGGUGUGCGCCGGCUGUGGGGGGCCUGUUUGUGACCGCUUCGUCCUAUUGGCUGCUGGGCGGGCAUGGCAUGAAGCGUGUCUCCGCUGCAGCCAAUGCCACUGUGAGCUGCAAAUAUACCCGACUCUCUACUGUCGAGACGGCAGUAUCUUCUGCCAGCAGGAUUACUGCAGAAUUUUCAGCAUUGGACGCUGCGCCCGCUGCUCCCAGCCAAUCCCCUCGUCCACAAUGGUCAUGAGGUCUGGUGAGCUGACCUUUCACCCUGAGUGCUUUUCCUGUCAGGAGUGUGAUAUCACGCUGUUGCCUGGCAACUUGUACUGCCUGCAGGGCGAGAGUGUCUAUUGUCAGUCUCAUUACCACGACGACAGCACGGUCAGGACCACCCCCCCACACAACCUGUACCUCAAACAGGCCCUUGGAGAAGGGGAGGGGGAGGAGUCAGUCAGUAGCCCUGAGCCGCGAUUGGACGAUGGAGUCCCUAGAGGGCGGGCGCAAAGGCGAACCAAGCGAAUCAGGACGUGUUUUCGCAGCGAGCAGCUGCGUGCCAUGGAGUCGUAUUUCGCUCAGAAGCACAACCCGGAUGGCCGAGACUGGAGCUGUCUGUCUCACCGAACCGGUCUACCCAAGAGAGUUCUGCAGGUAUGGUUCCAGAAUGCCAGGGCCAAGUUGAGACGGGCCCUCUCGGCAGACGAGUCCCAGAGCAACUCACCUGCUCCCCCAAGGUCCGACACCAUGGCAACCGCAUCCCUGUCCCCUGUCGGCCCCUCCCCCCAGCAGCCCCGGGCCUUCCAGACCAGCACCAUCAACCAAUUAGAACUCUCGCUCCUCACAGCCCCUCUCAAUGACCCGCCCCAGAGCCCCACCGACCAAUCGUUGAUGCUGAAAGAUUCCUUGUACCUGGACUACAGAUGCCAUGGUGCACCAUGCCUGUCCUUCUCUGAUGACCUCUGACCUUGGUGAGUGCAUGGUGGGGAGAGAUGGGGGCUCUGAACUUAAACAGCACUUGAACACCUUGUUACUCUUAGGCUUUGUGGAGUUAGAUGACACCUCAUGUUAUGUCACGGUGUGAUGACUGUUUAUUUCAAGGUCAAGUUUAGCUGAAUUGCACAAACAUUUAGCACAAAACGAUAUAACUAUGAUAAACACAAUAGUUUGUAUUAUUUUAAUUUUUUAUGAAGUUAUGUCAUCAUAUCUCAUGUCUUAUAAGUAGAGUUAAAAACAAUUUCAGGUGUUUAUUACUAGAAUACAGUGUGCUAAAACGUUGUGUUUGAACUGAUACUAUACCCUACAAGUCACUGUAAAUGUUUCUGUCUUUUGCACAUCAUGCAUGUCUCCCUGCACUACAGUUCACAUGACUUGCACUAUGCAUACUUUGUGUGUCAAUAAAAGCAACAAAUGUCGGCCAUGUCUGGUUGUUUUGGUCUAUCGCAUAAAAUCAGUAAACAUUGGCAUCGUCUCCAGGAUCUCUUUCUAGAUGACUUAUAAGAUCUUUGAUCUUGAAUUAAUCUGAACUCAUUACAUUUAGUCAU